AUGCGCGUGUUCAAGUUCCUGAGCGGCCUGCUGCUUGCAGGAGCUGCAGUUGCCCAGAACGCCACCGGCAGCUGUACGGCUAGCUCUGCUGACACCGAAGUCGUGAGAUAUGCGUGGGCCUUGCAAUCUUUGCUCGAGAGAUACUACGGCUCCCAGCCUCUCAACCAGACUUUCCUAAGCGAUGCCACCAACAGUACGACGGCCGAGUAUUCCCAGAACCUCCAGGGCAUCCAGCGCCAGAACCGCCUCGGCCUCCGUGCUGUGCAGCUCAUCGCAGCCAAGACCGGAAACUUUUCCAGACCGACUUGCAACUUCACAUUCCCCAAUGCCACCAGCGGCGAGGACUACGUGAAGAAUGCCCUCAAGCUCGAGACCAACGUCGCGAGCGCCCUCAUCGGCGCGACAGGAUAUACUCAGUCUCCCGAGGUCUCCUUCCUGCUUGCUAGGCUAGCUGCCCAGCAUACCGCCGACGCAACCUGGCUCGCCACUCAGCAGAAGGGUCUUAUUUUUCCGACAAACAUUUCCUCCCUGGCGCCGGCGUACAACCCGUCGUACGUUCUCGGCUCGGGCAACCAGACCGGCAGACUCGGCCAGUACCUCAGGGGCUGUGUGAGCGCUCCGUCGUCUCCUUGUCAUGAGACCUUCUUCAUUGGGCCUCUCAUUGGCAGUUCUGGCAACCGGACAUCUGCAACCGAGGGGUCGACUAGCUCUGCGUCUGUCUCGCCAACUGCCCGUGCACUGCGCUGGGGUCAUUAA